UAUACGCCCAAAUCAGUCGGCCAGUCAAGUCAGUGCGGAGGGCGCAUUCAUUGGCAUUGGCUGCGUGUUAUCACAUCACUUAUCGUACCCAUAGCAACCUAGCGGGUGGUGGUGGUUUGUCUAUUCGUCAGUCUCUUUUCACUAACAAACUGCAGUUUAGUGCAUUUUUCACCCCCUAACAAUCCACUAUGCUUUCGAAAACGAUUGACCGGUCGAUUCUACGACUGUACUCAGUCGCUAAUAGCAACCCUAAAGCUAAUAAUCGAGCUUUUCUACCUGCUAUCAGAGCCUACUCAGAGAAUGCUAAGAGGCAGUACGAUUUGGUAGUAGUUGGAGGUGGAAUCGUCGGAACGGCUUCAGCACGGGAGAUUUUAUUGCGCCAUCCGUCGCUGAAGGUGGCCGUAGUCGAGAAGGAGCACAAAUUGGCCUUCCAUCAGAGUGGCCACAAUAGUGGUGUGAUACACGCUGGAAUCUACUACAAGCCGGGAUCACUGAAAGCGAAACUGUGCGUCGAAGGUCUACACUUGAGCUAUAAAUACUUUGACGAGAAGAAUGUCCCAUAUAAGAAGGUGGGAAAAUUGAUUGUGGCGACGAAUGAAGAUGAAGUGGGCCGAUUAAACGAUCUCUACCAGCGGUCCCUCGCUAACAAAGUGCCCGACGUGGAGUUGGUUGAUGCAAAACGAAUCAAGGAAAUCGAACCGUACUGCGAGGGUCUGAAAGCGAUCUGGUCGCCACACACGGGCAUCGUCGACUGGGAACUUGUGACGCAGUACUACGCCAAGGACUUUAAACAAGCGGGUGGCGACAUUCAUCUAAAUUUCGAGGUGUCCAAAUUUGAGGAAACGAAGGAUCCCAACUAUCCGAUUGCGGUCAGAAGUAAUAAGAAUAAUACCGUCCAAUCGAAGUAUAUUCUCACUUGUGGCGGUCUGCAGUCGGAUAAAGUGGCCGAACUGACGGGAUGUUCGCCCCUACCGAAAAUAGUCCCAUUCAGAGGAGAAUAUCUCCUGUUGAAUCCAGCCAAAUGCCACAUGGUUAAGGGUAACAUUUAUCCAGUGCCUGAUCCAAGAUUUCCUUUCUUGGGCGUUCAUUUUACUCCUCGAAUGGAUGGAAGCGUUUGGUUGGGACCAAAUGCCGUGUUGGCAUUUAAACGCGAAGGCUACAAGUGGAGUGAUAUAAACGUGGUCGAGUUAAUCGAUGCGUUGAAGUAUCCCGGCUUCAUAAAAAUGGCGUUGAAGUAUGUUGGCGCUGGAAUGCAGGAAAUGGCCAGAUCAGCCUUCAUUCCGUUGCAAGUCAAAGAGUUGCAGAAAUUCAUUCCUGAUGUCCAGGAAUACGACGUUCAACGGGGACCUGCAGGAGUACGAGCACAAGCGCUGGAUAUAGAUGGAAAUCUGGUGGACGAUUUUGUUUUUGAUCAUGGAAAAGGAGACAAUGCUCUUGCCCAGAAUAUUCUGCACUGCCGAAAUGCACCAUCGCCGGGAGCGACAAGCUCGCUGGCUAUUGCCAAAAUGAUUGCUGACAAACUCGAAACGCAAUUUAAUAUUAAGUAAAUUAAUUUGUUGAGGCAUUUUGUUUUCUGUAUUGACUGAUUGUAAAUCGGGUAUUUUUCAUUGCAUUAAUAUAACAUCGUUGAUGAAUCAUUUAACAUA